AUGAUUUCAAAAGAAUUUGAAACUUCAAAAAGAUUUAAAAUCAACAGAAUAGCAAGUGGCAUUUCUCUCAGUAUUGAACGUGUCGCUAAAGAAGAUGAAGGAAUGUACUUCUGUGGAUCAGCUGGAUCAAACACACUGAACUUCUCUACUGCUACAUUCUUAGCAGUGACAGGGCAGUCAGACAUAUCAGUGGUCCAGACUCCAGUACGGGGGUCAGUUUCUCUAGGAGAGUCGGUCACUCUGCAGUGCACGGUCCUCUCUGAGUUCAGAGCAGCAGAUCUCCGAGUGCUGUGGUUCAGAGCUGCUGCAGGACAAUCCUUUCCUGAAAUCAUUUACACUCAUCAGACCAGCAGCAGCCGUCAGUGUGAGAUCAGCUCUUCUACAAGCUCCUCUCUGUAUGAGUUCUCUAAGAACAUCCUUGACCAGCACCAUACUGGAACUUACUACUGCGCUGUGGCUGCUUGUGGGAAGAUCAUCUUUGGCAAUGGAACAGCUGUUGAACUGACGAGAGUUCAGCAGGGGGCUGUGAGUGAGUGGACCACCAGACAGGAACAGAACACUGAGAACCUGCAUUACGCUGCCAUCCACAUCAAAGAGAACAAAGCCAAAGGUGGGAGAGUGAAGAGAGAACAGCCUGAAGACGUUGUUUACUCUCACGUGAGAAGCUCCAAUGCUGCUGCUCAGCGCUCACAUCGCUAG